GCCAGGAGCUCCGCGGAAUGCGAGAAGUGCCGGUGCUCUCGGCACCGCAUUGCGCCUCCUGGAUCGUCAGCAACGCGCCUGGGAUCUAUCAUCAUCGCCAAUAAACCCUAGACGAAGAACCCUAAAACUCUGCGCGCGAUCCAAUUCGAGCUAGGGUUAGAGUCCUCUCGCUCGCGCGGCAAGGUAUGACGUAGAUCUAGCGAACAAUCUAAAGCACCUGGAACGGAUCUCUGUGUCGUGCGCCGCUGAUGAUGUCGAGUUCCGAGGAAGAAGAUGACCAGGACGAGGAGGAGCUGCUACAGCGCGCAUUGGAGGAGCAAGCGCAGCGAGACGUCCGCUACACCCGCCCGCCGCCGCCCUCUCGAAAGCCGCCCGCCGCUCCUCCUCCCGCACAGCGCCAGCAAUUAAACAAUCCAGCUCCUCAUCCAAUGGAGGACGACGAAUCGGAAGUGGAGCUCCUGAGCAUUUCUUCCGACGAUGAUGACGACGAUGCUCCUCGUGCUGCCGCUGCCACUGCCAAGCCGGUGGAUGCGAGCAGGGACGCGGAUCUUGGGAUCGAGGAUUUUAGUGACGAGGAGGUGGAGGAGGAAGAACCGAAGUCUUGGAGCAAAGUUAACGAAGAAGAGCUCCACCGAAGAGUUCGUGCCAUGCGUGAGGCAAGAGCUGCUCCAGGAUUGCGGAGGUCGACUCUUGCCCGCAGGGCGACCAUGGCUGGGGGAGAGGUUUAUCCCCGAGAGGAUUUGAUCGAUCCUCUGGGUCUCGGGACGAUAGAUUUGAAGUCCCUCACGUUGAUAAGUGACUCAGCCUCUCCGGGAGCAAAAGCUCCAGUGCAAGAUGCUCCGGCCCGAGAUCCUACAAGUCGAGAAAAAGUGCUGUAUCAUUCGGAAAAGUUCGAUCCGAAGUACUUUUUGGCACGCAUUCAUCAGAGAACCAAAGCCUCCGAUUUGGAACACGGAGACGCGGCUUUAAAAAUGGAUCUGCAAAACCGAAAGCAGCAGCUAAAGCUUCUUGUCAAGGAAAACUUUGAGUGUUUUGUAUCGUGUAAAAAUACGAUUGACGAUAUACACUCAAAAUUGCAACAGAUAGAGUCGGAUGCCGAAGGCGCGGGCACUGCACACUUAACUCAUGCUAUUCAGGACUUGGACGAGGUAGCAAAGCGAGCUUUUGGACCUCUCCUCGAGCGGCAGGCUCAAGCUGAACGAAUUCGAUCUGUUCAAGGAAUGCUGCAACGUUUCCGAACACUAUUCAACCUUCCAAGCGCAAUACGUGGGCAUAUCAGCAAAUGUGAAUAUGACAUGGCUGUGAGAGAGUACAAAAAGACCAAGUCGCUCGUCCUUCCUUCACAUGUUAGUAGCAGUCAGACCUUGGGAUUACCUACUAACAAUGCAUUGCAGGGAAGAAUAUUAAAGCGCGUGUUUGAAGAAGUCGAGAAAGUUGUGCAAGAAUUAAAAGACAUGCUCUCGAGAUGCAUGGAAGACCCUCAUGCCGAAUUUUCGCAGCUCGAAAAUGCAAUACGGCUACUACUUGAGUUGGAUCCUGACUCUGACCCUGUCUGGCAGUACUUAAGUAUGCAAGAGCGGCGGAUUCGAUCGAUUCUUGAGGCAUGCGUCCUAGAACACGAGGUUCAGAUGGAUAACCUGCAUGGACGUUUGCAGCAAAAAGUGGAAUCGGAUGCCCGAUGGAAGCAAUUGCAAAGUGAAUCGCCAAAGUCGACUGAGGUUGACAUUUCCUUAUUUAUUGUGGAUCAAGAAGAUGAUGCAACGGAAGCUGAAAUUAGAGAUUUUAUCAACGACGAAUCUGAUGCACUGUUUGGAAGGCUUAUACGCAGGCUUUCAGCUGUUAUUAUUCAGUAUGUUCCUGAUUUUUGGAGACUGGCAUUAUCAAUUUUCAAGGGAAAAUUUGCAAAGGUAUCACGUCCAAGUACACAGAAGGCAGAGCCGAAAGACCGUGAUCAUGAAAACUAUCCUUUUGAAGAAAAACCCAAAGUGGUUGUUCAAUACACUUCACACUCUCUCGAUGAAGUUGUAGCUAUGGUCCAAGGAAUUGUAGGCUCGUACGAAUCUAAAGUUCACACUGCUUUUACGACACUCGCGGAAGCAACAGAGAUGCGUUGGUAUAUGCGAGAAGCUCUGUGGGAGCUUUCAAAGGCUUGUGCGGCUCUUUCUGGAAAGGAUUGUUCUCCUGUCGGCGCAGUUCAAACAUUGACAACGUUAAAGAUGGAACUUGUGCAUCAAUUUAUUUUCAAGUUUUGCUCUUUGAUGCGGCAAAAGGCUUCCGAUUUGGUAGAAGAGGAAGACUGGAUACCAGUGCCCGCCGUAGAACGGAAUGAAUCCUCGUAUGCGAUUUCUUCACUUCCUCUGAAGCUUCGUGACAUUCUCAACUCAACGAUAGAACACAUGAAAGAGGUUUUGGAUAAGGUGAAACUUGAGCCAACUCCGCCUAAUAAUCUGGCUACUCAACUCGGUCAGAUGCAGGCGUCUUUACAGACUGCAUUUUAUGAGUGCUUUUUGGACGUUCUAGAGCUCUUAGAUAAAAAAAUUGUUAAUAUGGCUGCAGAUACACUUUCGGCAAAUAAUAAGUUUGUCGGACUUCAAGUCGGGGUGGAAGUUAAUAAUCCUCACCAGAAACUCUUGAUGGUGCUAAGUAAUAUUGGUUUCAUCAAAAGUAUUUUGUUGCCAGAACUUUCGAGCAAACACAAGGAUGUUUGGACCCGAGAGAGAAUGAACGCCAAAGAGCCGGUAGUUGAAAUUUCACCUACGGAAAGCGAAGUUGUGGCUGCCUUCUCGGCUUUAGAAGACAAGAUUUUGAAUGAGUACAACUACGUCAAGGCUUCAUCGGUAGGAACUACUGCAGCCAGUUACAUAUUAGAUGAUGGGACUCAAUGGGCAUCUGCUCCUCCUGUCAAGGGAAUACGUGACGCGGCGGUGGAGCUUCUUCAUCCACUGGUUGCUGUACAUGCAGAGGUUUACGCUGGAGCCAAAACCUUUGUCCGCAAGGUCAUAUGCGUUCUUUUCGAGGGGCUUAUACGUGCGCUGCACACCACAGCAAGUGAAAACCUGUCCAAGGCUCUCAACCAUCUCGACGUCAACGGGUUCUGUCAACUAAUGCUUGAGCUGGAUUACUUGGAGUCCGUUUUCAGCCUGUAUUGUACGAGCGAUGCAAAGGCCUUGCUAACCUCCCUGCGGGAGGUCCUGCUCGAGAAAGUGCAAGACGUUGGUGGUGAAUCAAGCGAAAGCACGGGGCACAAUCGUCGUUUGACUCGAGGGAGCGAAGACGAGGAAAGCGUGCAAGCUCCCCCUAACGUGGACGACAUACAGGCUCGCGCUGACGACGUAAGAGCACAGUACUUGCCAUCUGAGCUCAAGAGGACGCGCGUCAACGUGAUAUGCUUCCAAGACAACGGCGAGUCAAUCGCUCCGCCAGACGCUGCAAAGCGAGCGGUUGUUUCUCCUAAGGGUGGUGUUUUAGAGAGCGCCAGCGUCACGCAGUCGCCUCGAGCAGGGAGGCACAGGAGGCGCUCGUCGGGAUCCAGCUUCUCGGACGAGCCAGGAAAGCCAUUCCCCGGCCUCCCUCCACCGUCCCCGUUCCACAGCGAGCCGGCGAGUCGGUUCUCAAAGCCACGCACAGUCUCGCGGAGAACCUCCACUGCGUCCAAUGCUUCUUCCGUGGACGACGAUCUCAGGUAAACUACAACGCAUUCUUUUAGUUUCUCUCGCUUGGUUCCUAGUUUCUUGGAGAGAAAAAAUAACAAUCACAUGGUGUAUAAAGAAUCGGUGUUCUAUAUAGACUGUACAAGUGCUUUGAGCUGCUUCCACGCAUGAAAGUAAAGAAUUGUUAUGUAGCUGAGCUAGCUACCGCUA